AUGUUCAAACUGGUUGGAAAGGAGACUUUUCAUGUGGGUGGUACAAAUACAAAGGCCACUAUUAACAUAGAUGCAGUGAGCGGCUUUGCAUAUGAAUACACUCUCGAGAUUAAUGGACAGAGCCUGAAGAAGUACAUGGAGAAUCGCUCCAAAGUUACCAGCACAUGGCUCCUCAACCUUGAUGGCAUUGACUGCAGAGUGGUUCUGGGUAAGGAAUACCUGGGUGAGUUUGUUGAUGAUGGCACAGAGACACACUUCACUCUGGGUGACCAUGACUGCUGCAUCAAGGCUUUGAGCAGCGGCAAGAGACGAGAUGGCAUCAUUCACAUGCUGCUGGUGGAUGGCAUGGAAAUCUCAGAGUCCGAGUGA